AUGCAUCAUGCAGCGGACUUGGCAACUAGGUGUCACGUCACUUCAGCACGUUCGGACAAUCGUCAUGCUAUCUGUUGGGGAUUUUGCGACGCUUCGCAGCUUGGAUAUGCCGCGGUCGUAUAUGUGCUGCCAGCCGAUUCAUCGGGUCAACGUGCCGUUCUCGUCGGGUCUAAGACCAAGCUUGCUCCGAUGAAGCCAUUAACAAUACCACGACUAGAGCUGAACGCCGCAGUGUUACUCGCCCGGUGGCUUGGGUGCAUCAAACGAGUAUUGGAUCCUCAUCUCAAGAUUGUUGGGACUUACGGCUGGACCGACUCGAUGAUAGUCCUAUCCUGGUUAACGGUCCCUCAUACGUCAUUCAAGGUGUAUGUGUCCAAUCGUAUCCAUCAGAUCCGCACCAUAGUACCUGAUUGUAAGUGGAGCCAUAUUGAGUCAGCAAACAAUCCUGCCGAUUGUGCGUCAAGAGGUGUGAUGCCUUCAGAACUCACGAAGCUAUCCCUCUAUUGGCAAGGUCCUGCGAUUCUCCGGGCCAAUCCAUCUACUUGGAUAAAUCUUGUAGCACCCAUGUCAUUGUGCAGCUUACCUGAGGUACUACCAGUAUCUCUCACAACUCGAGUCGACGUACCCGACUGUUUGGAAGAAUGGUUUAACCGUUUUUCAUCAUAUGACCGCAUGAUUCGCGUCACCACCAUAAUGCGCCGUUUCAUCAGCCGGUGCCGUCGUUGUGAGCCUGAACCACCUCCCAAUCUGUGUCUGAGUGGUGUUGAGUUCGACGGUGCUACUUUCAGUAUUAUCCGAGAGUCUCAACGUAUCUACUUCUCUGACCUAUUACGUGAGUUAUCAACUGGUAUCAGGGUAUCGUCAAAACCGCUGGCUCGUUUAGCUCCGUUUGUCGACGAUGUUGGAAUCAUCCGAGUUGGUGGUCGCCUUCGUCAUUCCACCCUAUCGUACGAGU